CUCUUAAACAUAUGAAGCUUUCAUUUUCUUUCACUUUUUUGAUUAUUAUUUAUAUUUUUUACAAGUUAUGUUGCAUUCUAGCAGAAUGAACUCGCGCCAUUGACGGGGCUAGGUGAAAUCGCUAGGCUAGACUGCCAUCACGAAUCCAGUGGUGGCGCUAGCUAUAGCUAGACUUCCACGAUUAAUUUCCACACGGCAUCACACGCAAAUUUUUUUAGCGAAAAAAUGACUGAUCAACAGGACUCAAAAAAACGGUUACCCAAAAUCACAUCACGCCAACAAGAAAAUAUGGUGCAAUGGUUCGAAUACUUUCCAAUUUUGUUAGAAAAAAAUUUUUCUUCUGAUUUUGACAGAGAGCAAUUUCAUCUCAAAUGGAGUCAAUUGACUACAUUAUUAAAUAUGUUGAAUCCAUUAGGUGCGCGAGAGGAAAGCAAAUGGCAAAAGGCUUUAUAUUCAUGGGUUGCAAAAAUCAAAGAGAAAAACGCGAAACAAACUUCGCUGAAUGAUUUAGAAGACAGAUUGUCUCUACUUUUAGUGAUGUCAGAGUCGAAAAAAGAAAAAAAAGAUGUCGGGAAUAAUUUACCAAGUUUUCUCAAAAAAGAUGAAUGUAAACCAUUGCAGUUUCCUAAUAAUCCACCUACUUCUGUACCAUCAGAAAAUGAGAUCGAUGAUGAAUUUGAAAAGUAUAUGCCACAAUUAAAAGGAGCAAAGAGCACUUGCAGUGAUUCAACACCAACUGCUAAAAGAACCAAAAAAAUUGGUGAAAAUAUUCAAAUGCAAAAAUUAUUGGCGUCAUCGUCAUCAUUGGCAUCAACGUCAGCAUCAUCCUCAAAUAAAAAUCGAGAUCACGAAAUUGACGAAUUGAGGAUGAUGCAACACGAGACUUUGCAGGCAGUCAUAGUCAGGCAGCAGGAGUAGAUUCUUUGGCGGAAAAUAUCAAUAACUGUUACUUGGGAAAUUCACCAAAACCUGAUCGCGAAACCAAAGUCCAUCAGGCUGAUGACAAGGUUAACAUAGGAAACGACAUUUACAUCACAAGACAGGAAGACGUAAAUUUAAAUCGAUAUACUGACAGACCCAAAAAAAUGACUACGACACUACUGACGUACAUACUAGGACAGGACAGGCUGUAAUGUAUGUCACUAUCAGGAAAAGGCGAGCAUGAAGCUCAUCAUCUUUAAAUUGUUGCCACAGGAAUACAAUUAGAGGCACAUCAUUGAAGAAGGUGUUAAAAUUUUUUGUAUUUUCAUCAGCUUUUAAGAAAUGCAUUGAACAUUUAUUUUUAUCCAACGCCGUAAUAGAUAUUUUCAUAAAAAGACGUUCAAUUGAAUUUUUUUAAAAAGUGCUUUCACUCAUUCAAACCUUCGUAUUUUUAGUCUUAGUGGUGGCACACUAAUGGGAUAGUGAAAUUUUUUUGACAAAAUAUGUCUGUUAGAUAUAUCCAUAGUAGCUGAAGUGAUAUUUUACACGCCGCAAAAAUAAAAACGUUAAGAAUAUAAACUUUUUCAAGAAAUUCAAAUGAAAUUUAAGCAUUUUUUCACUUUUUAACGAGGCGCAUGAUUUUUCCCAAAAAUUAAAAAGUUGGAAAUUUUAAUUGAUCGAAUUACUUUAAGUCGAUAUUUUAUUUGGUCGAAAUUCUAAAAGAACGACAGUUAUGAAAGUCGACAUUUUAUUUAGUCGAUAUUUUAUUUGAUCGAAAUUCUAAAUGAUCGAUAUUUAACCCUCGGAGCACAUACUGGGUCACACAGACCCUGUCAUUAAUUUCAAUGAAGUGUAAUUUGAAAAGUCGGCAAUACAACACGAACCUAAGGCCAUAUAGUGGUAACUAACUAAUAAGGAAUAAUAAGUAACAUGAUAAUCCAAAGAAAAUAAUAAAAUACUAGUAAAUAUGUUAUUAAAAAAGUAUAGUUUUAAAAAGUUGUGUCGAAAAUCACAUUUUUAUCGUCUUAAAAGUGUCGAGCUUUUAAAAUAUCGACCAAAUUAAAUUUCGAUAGAUAUAAAAUUCGAUGCUUCUAAAUUUCUAUCAUUUAGAAUAUCGACCACUUUAAAUGUCGUUCAUUUAGAAUAUUUACCAAACAAAAUAUCUAACUAAUAAAAUUUCGACCACUUUAAAUGUCGAUCAUUUAGAAUUUCGACCAAAUAAAAUAUCGUCUAAAUAAAAUGUCGACCACUUUAAAUAUCGAACAUUUAGAUUUUCGAUCAAAUAAAAUAUCGACUAAAUAAAAUGUCGACCUUCAUAAAUGUCGGUUAUUUAGAAUUUCGACCGAAUAAAAAAUCGACUGAAUAAAAUGUCGACCUUCAUAAAUGUCUAUCAUUUAGAAUUUCGAUAAAAUAAAAUAUUGACUUAAUAAAAUAUCGGCCACUUUAAAUAUCGAUCAUUUAGAAUUUCGAAUAAAUAAAAUAUCAACCGAAUAAAAUAUUGAGGAUUUUAAAUAUCGAUCAUUUAGAAUUUAGUUCAAAUAAAAUAUCAACUUCAAUACUUAACAUGCCUAUGAUCUCUUCGCGUUUUCUUUAUGCUGACUUAAUUUUUCUUUAUAGACUUGUGAAUGGUAUGAGUAAUUGUCCUGCUCUACUUUCAAUGGUUAAUUUGUCAGUUCCUGGAAGGUCCAGGAGAUACAAUUUUCUUUUUUCUGUUACUUAUCACAGAAGUAAUUAUGGUAAUAAUGCCUUGAUUACUAGGCUUAGUA